AUGGCGGAAUGGAGAAGGGAUGGAGCAGGGAUGGAGAAGGGAUGGAGCAGGGAUGGAGCAGGGAUGGAGCAGGGAUGGAGCAGGGAUGGAGCAGGGAUGGAGCAGGGAUGGAGCAGGGAUGGAGCAGGGAUGGAGCAGGGAUGGAGCAGGGAUGGAGCAGGGAUGGAGCAGGGAUGGAGCAGGGAUGGAGCAGGGAUGGAGCAGGGAUGGAGCAGGGAUGGAGCAGGGAUUGAGCAGGGAUGGAGCAGGGAUGGAGCAGGGAUGGAGCAGGGAUGGAGCAGGGAUGGAGCAGGGAUGGAGCAGGGAUGGAGCAGGGAUGGAGCAGGGAUGGAGCAGGGAUGGAGCAGGGAUGGAGCAGGGAUGGAGCAGGGAUGGAGCAGGGAUGGAGCAGGGAUGGAGCUAUGUUGCACUAUACGCUUAGGAAAUUUUACGUUUCACGUAUAUGCGUUCACGUAUAAACGUGAAAACGUGAAACGGGGACAAAUACGCGAUACGUAA